CAUGCGCGAACCAUCCGGCGGCGGCGGUGGAGAGGCUUGAGAGAGGCUGGUGUAUGGGCUUGCGUUGUGCCCCUCAUCUGUUGUGAGGGGGACUUGUGGCUUGAUCUUGGGCCGCCAUGGGGCGAGUGAAUGUGGCCAAGUUACGUUACAUGAGCCGGGAUGACUUCAGGGUUCUGACCGCGGUUGAAAUGGGCAUGAAGAACCAUGAAAUAGUUCCCUGCAGUUUGGUUGCUUCUAUAGCCAGCCUUAAACAUGGUGGCUGUAAUAAAGUUUUAAGAGAAUUAGUGAAACAUAAACUCAUAGCUUGGGAGCGUACCAAAACUGUCCAGGGCUAUCGGUUGACAAACGCAGGAUAUGAUUACCUAGCUUUGAAAACACUUUCUUCUAGACAGGUAGUUGAAUCUGUUGGAAACCAGAUAGGUGUUGGCAAAGAAUCUGAUAUUUACGUUGUUGCAAAUGAAGAAGGGCAGCAAUUUGCGUUAAAGCUUCAUAGGCUGGGAAGAACCUCCUUUCGAAAUCUGAAAAACAAGCGUGAUUAUCAUAAACACAGGCAUAACAUGUCUUGGCUUUAUUUAUCUCGUCUCUCUGCCAUGAAAGAAUUUGCUUAUAUGAAGGCAUUGUAUGAGAGGAAAUUUCCAGUCCCAAAACCGAUUGAUUAUAAUCGCCAUGCGGUAGUAAUGGAACUCAUAAGUGGCUAUCCUCUAUGUCAGAUACACCAUGUUGAAGACCCUGCAUCCGUAUAUGAUGAAGCUAUGGACCUGAUUGUCAAACUUGCAAAUCAUGGACUGAUUCAUGGAGAUUUCAAUGAAUUCAAUCUCAUUUUGGAUAAAGAUGACCACAUCACCAUGAUUGAUUUUCCACAGAUGGUUUCAACUUCUCAUCACAAUGCUGAAUGGUAUUUUGACAGAGAUGUUAAAUGCAUUAGAGAUUUCUUCAUGAAACGUUUCAGCUAUGAAAGUGAGCUUUACCCAACUUUUAGUGAUAUCAGGAGGGAGGACUCUCUUGAUGUAGAGGUUUCUGCCAGCGGCUACACAAAGGAAAUGCAGACAGAUGAUGAAUUGCUUCAUCCAUUAGGUCCAGAUGAUGAAAAUACUGAAACAGAAGACAGAUCUGAAUUCUCACCUUCUGAUGAAGAGUUGUCAGAAAAAGCAAAGUUUCAUAAAUCAAAAAAUCAAAGUGAUCAGAAGUCUGCAGAUGAAUCCGCUGACUACUGUUGCAUAUCAUCUGGACACCUUGAACAAAUAAAGGGAGAGGAUUCGUCAGAGGAGAGUGCUGAUGCACAAAAUUUUGAAUUACCUGAAUUCAGUCAAGCUUUAGAAGAAAUAAAAGGUCAAGUUAUUGACAACAAUUCUGUAACUGAAUGUUCUGAGGAGACAGACAAAAUUGAAAAUGACACUAGGCAAAAUGGUAAAACAGGUCAAGAAGGAAUCCCCAUGAGCUCUGAAGACUAUGAAGAUGCAUGCCCUCAUCUGAUUGCCUUGUCGUCAGUAAACAAAGAAUUCAGGUCUUUCAGAGAUGAAGAAAGUAUGGAAGGUACUAAACAGUACAGAACAAGAACUCUGAGUGUUACUUCUGUGGGCAGUGUUUUAAGCUGUUCAACAAUUCCUCCGGAAUUGGUGAAACAGAAGGUGAAACGUCAGUUGACAAAACAGCAAAAAUCAGCUGCCAGACGUCGAUUACAGAAAGGAGAAGCAAAUAUAUUUACAAAACAACGGAGAGAAAACAUGCAAAAUAUUAAGUCAAGCUUGGAAGCAGCUAACUUUUGGGGAGAGUAAUAUAUUUAAGAUUUUGAAUGUUUUCCAAAACAUUAGUAUGAUCCCCUUUUAAGCCAUCUUUAGUCUUUUCUAGACCAAGGCAGAUACAUAAAUAGAUAAAUAAACUCUCUUUCAUAUAUUAA